AUGAAGUUGGCUUAACGACAGGCAAUAUUGCCUUACUGCCACUUUCUCAUCUUCUUCCUCUUCUUCCUAUCUUUAUAAGCUUUUGUUUCCCCAACCCCUCCUCUCCCUUCACCACAAUCAGUGAAGAUGGGUAGAACAGGAACAAAGUUAGCAAGUUUCUUCUUGCAUCGAAUCACAGCUCACAUUCGAAUUCGAUCGCCUCCUUAUCACUCCAGAACAAUUACUAACUCCAUUAAAGCUAAUCUGAAUCCUGUGUUUUCAAGCAAUGGGGAGAAGAUCAGCUUGGGUGAUGCUGUGAAGCCUUUACAAGGUAGAAAAAUCAUGAUAGUUGUUGAUUCGAGUUUUGAAGCUAAAGUUGCUGUUCAAUGGGCUCUCUCCCAUACUAUCCAGAGCCAAGAUACUAUAGUGCUUCUUCAUGUAACUAGCAAGCCUUCUAAGCUAGGGGAUCCUAAUAAGUCAUUAAAUUCAGGGGUUUAUGAACUUCUUUUCUCUUUGAAGAGUAUGUGUCACAUGAAAAGACCUGAGGUGCAAGUUGAGGUUGCCCUAGUGGAAGGGAAGGAGAAAGGCCCAGUCAUAGUACAAGAGGCUAAGAAACGUGGGGUGUCACUAUUGGUUUUAGGGCAGAGAAAGCGGCCGGUGACAUGGCGGCUACUAAUGACGUGGGGAGGUCAUAAGGUUGGAGGUGGGGUGGUGGAGUACUGCAUCCAAAACUCUCAUUGCAUGGCAAUAGCUGUGAGAAGGAAAAGCAAAAAGCUAGGAGGUUAUCUUAUUACCACUAGACGUCAUAAAGAUUUCUGGCUCUUGGCUUGAUCAACAUUGAUGAUUAUUAAUGUAACUAUAUAUGAAGCUUUCAUCUUAGUGCAAUGAGGGAUGUGAUCUUAUGUUGUAAUGUUUGUAAUUAAAAAGUGUUAUUGAGAACAUGGAAAAAGAUGUGAAUUGAAUAAAAGUAAAAAUAUGGUGCUA